AUGACUUCUGCUUUGCAAGUGGCUUACAUUUUCAUGUUCAUCCGGGAGGAGCUGAGUAGGUUCAUGUGCGAUCCAUAUGGCUACCUCAAUGCAGCGGAACGUCAGAACAUCUCCCAAGAGAUGGCCAAGCUGAGAUCGCAGCACCUGGUGGUUUGUGAGGAUUUGGUGGUAGAACCAAUCAAUCAGCGACACCUGGCUCCGUUCUACGUGGGCGUGGCCAUUGCCGAGGCCGAGAAGACCGAAGAGAUGCCAUCCUCAUCGGUGAAGCAGUACGGUCAUUUGAUUAUGUCUGAGUGGAAUCUGAACUCCUUCUUUGGGAACAACCCCAGCAGCGUCACACGUUGUCCCAACAAGGCGUUGCUGUUGGUGCUGCCAAAGAAUGGACAGGCCGUUCUGGUCACAGAUGGCUGCCGCUAUCUGUGUGAGGACACUGCAAGGACCGGGUACUUGGUUGAAACGCAGCUGCGUGGGAAGAGCGUGGCCCAAGCCGUCCUACUCGGACUCCGAGAUGCCUACAGCACCCUGCCGCUCUCGGUGGUUCAGGGUGAGGACGGCCGGUCAUAG